AUGCUCAGUGCUGCUAGACCAUCUGUUAGAAGACAAGCUUCUAUCGUUGCUAAAAGAGGUAUCGCUCACAAGGAACUCAAGUUCGGUGUGGAGGGAAGAGCCGCUCUGCUCAAAGGUGUUGAGACUUUGGCCGAUGCUGUGUCUGUUACCUUGGGUCCAAAGGGUAGAAACGUGUUGAUCGAACAAGACUUUGGUUCUCCAAAGAUCACCAAGGAUGGUGUUACUGUUGCCAGAUCCAUCACUUUGCAAGACAAGUUUGAGAACAUGGGUGCUAAGCUCUUGCAAGAGGUUGCAUCGAAGACCAACGAGGCUGCUGGUGAUGGUACCACCUCCGCCACUGUCUUGGGUAGAGCCAUCUUCACCGAGUCUGUCAAGAACGUUGCCGCUGGUUGCAACCCAAUGGAUUUGAGACGUGGUUCUCAAGCCGCUGUUGAGGCCGUUGUCGACUUCUUGCAAAAGAACAAGAAGGAAAUCACCACUUCUGCUGAGAUUGCACAAGUUGCCACCAUCUCUGCUAACGGUGAUGCUCACAUUGGUCAAUUGCUUGCAUCCGCCAUGGAAAAGGUUGGUAAGGAAGGUGUCAUCACCGUCAAGGAGGGUAAGACCUUGGAGGAUGAGUUGGAAGUCACCGAAGGUAUGAGAUCAGACAGAGGUUACAUUUCCCCAUACUUUGUCACAAACACCAAGAACGGUAAGGCCGAGUUGGAGAGACCAUUGAUCUUGCUCUCCGAGAAGAAGAUUUCCGCUCUUACCGAUAUCUUGCCAGCCUUUGAAAUUGCUGUCAAAUCUAGAAGACCAUUGCUUAUCAUUGCUGAUGACAUUGACGGUGAAGCCCUUGCUGCAUGUAUCCUUAACAAGAUCAGAGGUCAAUUGUCCGUCUGUGCUGUUAAGGCUCCAGGUUUCGGUGACAACAAGAAGAACACCCUUGGUGAUAUCGCCAUCUUGACCGGUGGUACCGUCUUCAACGAGGAGUUGGACAUCAAACCAGAGAACUGUACUCCAGAACUCUUGGGUUCAGCUGCCUCUGUUACCGUUACAAAGGAGGACACCGUUAUCCUUAACGGUGAAGGUUCAAAGAGCAACAUCUUGGAACGUAUUGAUCAGAUCAAGGCCUCCGUUGCUGAUGAGUUAACCUCCUCUUAUGAGAAGGAGAAAUUGCAAGAGAGAUUGGCUAAGCUCUCUGGUGGUGUUGCCGUUAUCAAGGUUGGUGGUGCCUCUGAAGUUGAGGUUGGUGAGAAGAAGGACCGUUACGACGAUGCCUUGAACGCCACCAGAGCCGCUGUUGAGGAAGGUAUCUUGCCAGGUGGUGGUACUGCCUUGCUUAAGGCCUCAAGAAUCUUGAAGGAUGUCAAGGUUGACAACUUUGACCAAAAAUUGGGUGUUGACAUCAUUAGAAAGGCCAUCUCCAGACCUGCAAAGAAGAUCAUCGAGAACGCCGGUGAGGAAGGUUCCGUCAUUGUUGGUAAGAUCAUCGACGAGUACGGUGAGGACUUCAACAAGGGUUACGACUCCUCCAAGGGCGAGUUCACCGACAUGAUUGCCUCUGGUAUCAUUGAUCCAUUGAAGGUUGUCAGAUCCGGUCUCGUUGAUGCCUCCGGUGUUGCCUCCUUGUUGGCCACUACCGAAUGUGCGAUCGUCAACGUUCCAGAACCAGUGACAGCUGCUCCACCAAUGCCAAACAUGGGCGGUGAUACACGCAAAAUGUCAGGAAAGGUCCACGGAGGUAAAGGUAAAUCUGGUGCUAAAGAUGGUGGUCUCAGAUCUCAGUCUCACUCUGCCAGAGCGGGCUUACAGUUCCCAGUCGGUAGAGUCAAAAGAUUCUUGAAGAAGAAUGCACAGAACAAGAUCCGUGUUGGUGCCAAAGCUGCGAUCUACUUGACUGCGGUUUUGGAGUACUUGACUGCUGAGGUCUUAGAGUUGGCUGGUAACGCGGCAAAGGAUCUCAAAUUGAAAAGAAUCACACCAAGACAUUUGCAGUUGGCGAUCAGAGGUGAUGAAGAGCUUGACACUCUGAUCAAGGCUACUAUUGCCUCUGGUGGUGUCUUGCCACACAUCAACAAGGCGCUUCUCUUGAAAGUUGAGAAGAAGAAACAUAAAUGA